AUGAAUUCAUCAUCAUUCAUUAUUCUCUUUGUCACUAUCCUUUUUUUGAUCAAACUUAUAGACAUAAUUAGAAAGUCAAAUUCCGAAAAUCGGAAUACAAAGCUUCCACCUGGUCCAUGGAAGCUACCACUAAUUGGAAACAUGCUUUCCAUGGUUAGUCAAAAAACACCAUCUUUUGUCCUUCGAAGUCUGGCCCAAGUAUAUGGUCCUUUAAUGCAUCUUCAACUUGGUGAAGUUUCUGCUUUGGUUAUCUCGUCGCCUCGAAUCGCUAAAGAGAUCAUGGUAAAGAACGAUGUCGCGUUUGCUGACAGGCCACAAAUUCUAACUGCUAAGGUCAUCAUGUAUGACAGCAGUGAUAUUGCAUUUACAAACUACGGCAGUUACUGGAGACAGCUCAGAAAGAUUUGCACCCUUGAACUCCUUACGAACAAGAAAGUCCAGUCUUUCUCGUGCAUUCGAGAGGAAGAGGUCAAGUUUUUGGUAGAAUCGAUCCGGGCGUCCUCACAGGUCAAUCUAACUAAAAUGGUUACACAUUUGAUUAACACUGUGACUUCCAAAGCUGCAUUUGGACCUGUACCAAAAGACCAGGAGCAACUGGUACAAGGGAUACAAGAUAUGGUUGACCUUGGAGGAGGCUUCAGUCUUGCCGAUUUGUUUCCUUCGUAUGGAUUUCUUAAAGUUGUUACUGGGAUGAGUUACAAGGUGGGGAAAAUCCAUCGGAAACUCGACAAAAUCCUAGACAAAAUCCUUGGUGAGCAUGAAAAAGAAUUGAAAAGUCGAAAAGGGACCAAAGCAAGCGACAAUGAAAAUUUUCUAGACAUUCUGUAUAGAAUGAAAGACAGUGAUGAUCUAGAAACUCCUAUCACGAUAGAUAAUAUAAAAGCUGUGGUGUUGGAUAUAUUCUCAGCUGGAACCGAUACUGCGGCAUCAACGGUGGAAUGGGCUAUGGCUGAACUUCUAAGGAACCCUGAAGUGUUAAGAGAAGCGCAAGCUGAAGUCCGACAAGUUCUCAAGGUAAAAGAUCUGGUACACGAAGGUGAUUAUUCAGAACUGAAAUACUUGAAGCUGGUGAUCAAAGAAAGUUUGAGAUUGCAUCCAAUCUUUCCCCUGUUGCUUCCAAGAGAAUGCCGUGAGAGCUGUGAAAUUGACGGAUAUGUGAUACCCGUUAAAACCAAGGUCAUUGUUAACGCAUGGGCUCUUGGAAGAGAUCCUGAAUACUGGAAGGAUGCGGAAAGUUUCCUUCCAGAAAGGUUUGAGAAUAGCGACAUGGAUUACUCGGGAAAUAGUUUGGAAUAUCUUCCAUUCGGUGCAGGCAGGAGAAGGUGUCCAGGAAGUAUGUUUGCUCUGGCCAAUAUCGAAAUCAUUCUUUCUCAUCUACUAUACCACUUUAACUGGGAAAUAGCACAGGGGGUGAAGCCUAGACACUUGGACAUGACCGAGACUAUUGGAGCACUUGCUAGGCGAAAAAGUAACUUGCAUCUAAUUGCAACCCCUUAUACUCCACUUUGA